AUGUCGACGGGAGUCUUGGAGUCUCUUAGGCAGUACGAUGCGGACCGUCUGAAUGCUGCAGGCUCGACUGUGAAUGCAACAACUUCUAUCACAAGAGAGGAAGGAAACAAUGUGGACAUACUGAGUAGUUCCUCAACAACAACAACAUCGGAAGCAUCAGAAAUUGCCUUGUGUCACAUCAGUGGUCUCUUUCCAUUUUCUGGAUUCACCAUUGGGGAUUAUACUCCUUGGAAACCUGCCUUUGAAGAUACCGCGGCGGUGGCUUUGGCAGCGCACCAACUGAAUGUGGGGGAUGGAUCCAUUGUUCCAGAAAUCGAGGGUCUCAACAAACGAUGUCCCAUUCGAUUCACCUUGGAAUUUACGGAUACUGAGUUUCAAGCACAAAAGACUAUGAAUCAUGUCGUAAAUCAAAUCGAUAGAGAAGAAGGAUCCGAAUUGCAACGACCUUGUGCAUUCCUCGGGGCUUAUGGAUCCGCCAUAUCCAUUCCUGUUUCCAUUGUCACUGGAUUAUUUGGUUAUCCACAAUUGUCAGGGGCAUCCACCAGUACGGAUCUCAAUAGCCGAGGCAACCAUCCCUUAUUUGCUAGAACGGUACCAUCUGACGCCGGGAAUGCGAUACCCGUCAUCAAGUACUUUGAACAGAGACUCAAGAUUACGCGGCUCGCCGUGAUUUAUCAGAAUGAUCCCUACGGCAAUGCCUUUCUCAGAGGUUUGAAUGACGCGGCUCAGAGGUAUGCACCGGACAUUGUCCUCACGCCUAUUUUGCUCAAUGACGGAGAGGGAUCCAUAGGACGGGCGAUAGCGAGUCUGAAGGAAUCCGGUGUGCACUUUGUCUUUUGUCUGGUAUUCUCGGUGCACGACGACUUGAUGACGGAAGCUUACAAUCAGGGGGUAGCGGGGAAUGGAGAGUAUGGAUGGUUCUUUAGUGACAGCUUUUUGGGAGCCCUCAAUGGUCGAUCCUUUGAAAAGGACUCGCCCCUGCAACUGGCCUAUCAGGGUUCGGGAUUAUUGGAAGUCGCAGGUGGAGUCCAAGGAUUACAACAGUACGACAAAUUUACAACGCAAUUGCGACGACUGAAGAACUCAGAAGAUCUAGAAUACAUUGGUUCUCUGUUCCCAAAACAUGAUGCGCCCGAGUACGGCCAAACGCCCCCAUUCAUUGACGAUGACGAUUUUCUUGACUCAAUAUCAAGCUCCUUUGCAGCAUUCAUGUACGAGGCAACCAUCGCGUUGGGUCUAUCCGCGUGUAAUGCUAUAUCUGGAAACUUGACACUGUCGGGAAAGGCACAUUACGAUGCCCUGUUUUCAUCCUCCUUUACUGGUAUCACUGGAGAUGUUGUUUUGGAAUCGAGUACCGGUACCCGAAGAGCGGACACAACGAUAUACAAAGUGGUCAACUAUGUUGCAGAAACACAAACGGAUACAGGAGCAAUUGCAUUCAGGACUGCCGACACAGAUCUCUAUCAAGGGGGUUCCUGGUUGAAGUUGAAAGAUUUCAUAUUCAACGACGGCACCAGCGAGGUUCCCCAAUAUACUGAACCACCGUCUCCUGCGCCCACCCCUGCCCCGCUCGCUUCGACGGAAAAUGAGCACACAUCUGUCCCACUGGCAGCUGUUGUUUCAGUUUCGCUCCUGGUUCUGACUCUCAUUUUUCUGUACACACUCAAAACGUUUGCCAAGCGACGAAAGAAGAAAAGGGACAGAGCGUGGCGAAUUCAAAAAGAUGAUCUCGUGUUUGCAGAUCCACCCAGAGUGUUGGGAAAGGGAGAAUUCGGAUAUGUCUUGCAAGCAGUAUACCAAGGGAAGGAAGUCGCCAUUAAAAGGAUCAUGUCCUCUCACAAGGCGAAGGUCAGAGCCUCCAAGAAAGAGGCUGGCGACUGGCAUGACUCCAUGGACGGUUCCAGCAGUCUCGAAGAUUCGGAUCACGACUCAAUUGAAGACGAGACCUACGCGACUAUUGGAAUGAAACCUGUGAGUGAUAGUGGAUUGAUAGCCCGGAGAAUGUCCAUGACGGGUAAACGUGGGGGUGAAGACAAUGCGAUUACUAUCAACAGCCAACAAAGAAGGAGUUUGGUCCUGAACUUGACUAAGCGAAACACAAGAAUGCAGGGAGUAAUGGAAGAAAUGAGACAUUUGUCAAAGUUGCGCCAUAGAUGUGUGGCAUCAAUCAUUGGUGCCAUUAUCGAGCCUGGAAUCGAGCCAAUGAUCGUAAUGGAAUAUAUGGAUCAUGGUUCGCUUUCAGACCUGUUACACAACGAGACAAUGUAUAUUGAACCAAGCACAUUGCUGAACGUCCUUUGGGACAUUGCUGAAGGAAUGAAAUUUCUUCAUUCGGCAAAGCCGCAGGUUAUUCAUGGCGACCUCAAAGCGGCAAACGUGUUGAUGGACGAAGGAUUUCGAGCCAAAAUUGCAGAUUUUGGACUCAAGGACGAGGGGUGUUCUGGUACACCCUACUGGAUGGCACCCGAGUUGUUAAGGGGUGAAGCAGGGAAUUCCACCGCUACGGAUGUAUAUUCAUUUGGUGUUGUAUUAUUCGAACUUUACUCGAGAAAGGACCCGUACGAAGGCGAGGACCCAGCGAAAGUGUUGUACCAUAUUGUUGACAAAAAGGUCCAGAAACGUCCACCGAAGCAAAAUAAUAUGCCGCCACCUAUACAGUCUCUAAUGGCUGAUUGUUUGAAGACUGCAGACGAGCACAGGCCUGAAUUUGACGAGAUUUUAACCAGGCUGAGACGAUUAGACGUCAACACUAUUCGAUUGGAGGCUCAAACCACAAUGCAAUCCCACUUUGAGGUUGGUGGAGCAGCGCAAAUUUCGUUGUCAGAUAUUUUUCCGAUGCACAUUGCGGAAGCACUCAAAGCUGGACGUCCAGUGGAACCCGAGCACCGUGAUGAAGUUACAAUCUUCUUUUCUGAUAUUGUCGGUUUCACGGACAUUUCGGCAACACUCCCUGCUCGGAAAGUUGCAACACUAUUGAAUCGCUUGUACACAAAGUUCGAUGAACUAUCGCGCAAAUAUGAUAUCUUCAAAGUGGAAACGAUUGGUGAUGCUUACAUGGCGGUGACAAAUCUGGUGAAAGACCAACCGAAGGACCAUGCGAAGCGCAUUGCUCAGUUCGCAGUGGAAGCCAUUAAAUCCGCGAGCGAGACCUUGGUGGACGAAGAAGAUCCAGCGAAAGGAUUUGUCAAUAUUCGAGUUGGCUUCCAUAGUGGGCCAGUUGUAGCAGAUGUUGUCGGGACUCGCAACCUUCGGUACACAUUGUUUGGAGACACUGUGAACACAGCUUCCAGAAUGGAAAGCAAUUCCAAAGUUAAUCGAAUUCAUUGCUCAAGCGAAGCUGCUGAUAUCCUAGUGAAGCAAUGUCCCGAAAUCCCAAUUCGUUCACGUGGACUGAUCGCAAUCAAGGGAAAGGGAGAGAUGCAAACCUUUUGGGUGAAUGAGCAAGGCCGAAGACAUUCUAAUGCGAAUGAACUAAACCAUGGACAUUCAAUCAUGCGAGGGUCACUGUCGAGAGACAAGAGUAUCCUGGAUUGGGCUUCUCAGCAUACACCAAGAGCAAGCAGUGGAACCUCCCAAUCCCGUCCGUCAAGGAACAGUCAAUUGUCGAGGAAUAGUCAAUUGUCGAGGAAUAGUCAAUUUUCCUUUCGUUUCAGCACCUCGUCAAAUGGCUCAUCGAAUGGUGGCUCGAAACGAAAUCUCAUGCUUGGAAGACCUAGCAGCCAAAACGAAAGCGGACAAUCCUUCGAGAUAGGCGGGCUUGGAAAAUUGGAAGAGAACGAUGAAGAAAAUGGACUUGCAUCAAAUCAUGAUAGCGUUGGUGACAGUGACGACGAGUUUGCAAGCGAUCUGCAUGCAAGCGACCUGAAAUAA